ACGUCACUCGAUUCGGAUUUUUCCUCAGCGGUUGUCAGCAACAUCAUUGCAGUCCAGGUUAGUGGUGUUAUUGUUGCGAAGCCAAUGUCUGUACUAUUGCCGAAUGAGACAUUGCCAUCCUAGGCUUGUUUUUGUUCUGGUCAGACGCGAUUCGGCAGACCAGGGUCACGUCGCUGGAGUCUUCUCUGAACUGCUGUUUUUGGCCACUUGAUGCCCACAUACUGCACACAAUAGGAGAUCAACGGAACUUUGAGGAGCUAUCACCUGGACACGAUCAGAGGGAUUCAUCCCGCUCCGGAGAAUAGACUAUCGGUCCGUCGCCGAAUCAGAUUGGGGAUUUUUUUAUCCACCAAACCGAGCUGCUAGCUGGAAGUUGUAGCUGGAACAUCGAUCAGGACAUCCCCCUCACCAUCUCUCUCAACAUCAGGGACCCCUCGUCCUCGACUCCCCAAAUUCGAGAGGGGGUAAACCUUCGCGCUGCAGAGGGCAAUGGUGCUGGAUGCAUUAUAAAGGAUACACGUUACAUGGAUGAAAUGCAUGGUAUUUUUGGACUUUUACGCUCGCAAUUAUAUUGCUGAAUUUGUUGCGCGUUCCAGCAUUGUUUGCCUCCGUGAAAAAAAAUUGAACGAGGUUGCACUAAUUGACUUCUCACUGCCGCCUGCAUCUGGUUUUAAUGAGAAGUGUUCUGCUGCACUUUUAAUAUACAGCGCGAACAGACUACCUGGUGCGUAAUUCGUGUAAAACGAACGGGAAUAACGCAUGCAAUAGUUAUUCUCCAUCACGGUCAAUGAACAAACGGUGCACAACAUUCAGUUAGCCUAACGCUGUGUUGGAAUUUGUGGCGAAGUUGUAUGCCUAACUGGACACAUCUAGAAGAAGACAGCCCUGUCCUGGGAAUUGCAGAACUACGGAUAGUCCUGAGGAAACAAAUUGGUGCCAUGACGAUGUUCGAAAGUUUAUGGAUAAUAGGCCUACUUCUGGCCACGGGUGGUCAAGAGGUCAUGGGUCAGAGUGUACAGAUGGACUCGGUUAAGUCGGGCUUUGUCGGCUCGCAGGUGGAGCUGCGCUGCCAGUUCAUCAACAGCCGACCCCCGGUGAAGAUCUCACAGGUGACCUGGCAGAAGUUCCUGAAUGGCACCAAGCAGAACGUGGCCAUAGCCAACCCGGCGCUGGGUGUCUCGGUGCUGCCGCCCUUCAAGGAGCGUGUGGUCUUCAAGAACCCGGCCGUGCGCCAGCGCACCCCCUCGCUGGAGGACACCACCAUCGUCUUCAACAACCUGCGGCUGUCCGACGAGGCCGCCUACAUCUGCGAGUACACCACCUUCCCCGCGGGCAACCGGGAGAACAUGGUCAACCUCACCGUAUUUGCGCGGCCCGUGACCCGCAUGUCGCUCACCUCGCCCACCAUCGUGGCGCGGGCGGCGAAGCGCAAGAUGACAGUGGCCACCUGCGUGUCGGCCAACGGCAAACCGCCCAGCGUCAUCAAGUGGGAGACGCGGCUCAAGGGCGAGUUCAACCUGCAGGAGACGCGCAACCCCAACGGCACGGUGACCGUGCGCAGCAGCUACAUCGUGGUGCCCGGCCGCGAGACGCACCGGCAGAAGCUCACCUGCAUCGUCAGCUACCGCAACGAGCGCAUCACGGACAGCGUCAUCCUCAACGUGCAAUAUGAGCCUGAGGUCACCAUUGAUGGCUUUGACGGGAACUGGUACUUGAAUCGGCAGGACGUCCAGCUGACCUGCAACGCAGACGCCAACCCACCCGUGACCAUCUACCAAUGGAAACUGUUGAAUGGCUCCAUGCCCGCCAACAGCGAGGUGAAGAACAACACCAUCUUCUUCAAAGGCCCCGUGACCUACGACCUGGCAGGCACCUACGUCUGCGACGCCACAAACAGCAUCGGCACGCGCUCGGGACGGGUAGAAGUCAACGUGACCGACCUCCCUAGCAACUCCUCCCCCCGGAUGCCCGAGGACCCGUCCCCGCCGCCGCUCAUCAUCGGGGCGGCCGUGGGCGGCGGCGUGGCCCUGGUGGCCAUCGUCACCCUGCUGGUGGUGCUCCUGCGCCGGCGCCAGCGCACCUUCAAGGGUGACUACAGCACCAAGAAGCACGUCUUCGGCAACAGCUACAGCAAGGCCGGCGGCCCCGCCGUCGUGAACCCGCCGCUGCCCAAGAACCUCCAGUACCCCGAGGACUCGGACGACGAGAAGAAGCCCACGCAGAUCGGGGGAUCGGGCGGCGGCAGCGGCGGCGGCUACGAGGGCGAGGGCGGGUUCGACGUGGAGGCGGAGGACCUGAAGAGACCCUACUUCACCGUGGACGAGGGCGAGAGCCGCGACUACGACGACCGGACUCUCACUUACCAGUACGACGCCGAGCCCGACAUCGCCGACGACAUGGUGUCGCAGACCGACGGCUCGGUCAUUUCAAAGAAGGAGUGGUACGUCUAGUGACGUGCGGCGACGAGACGAGAUGAGAAGAGAAAAGAAAAAGAAAAAGCAAAAGAAAAGGGAUAAAGAAGGCAGACAACCUUCCUGCUGCUCCCUGCAUCGGAUCUUGACCACACCCCAUACCGUACACUUCUGUCACUUCUCCUCCCUCCUUCCUUCACUUCUCCUCCUCCUCCUCCUCCUUCCUUCACUUCUUCCCUUUAUCCUCUCACACCUGCACACCGCUCCCACUCUCCACCACCCAAACCUUCUCACGUAAGUGGUAGACACAAUGCUCUUCUGGUCACUAUUAUAUAAUAUUUGGGACACACACACUCACACACACAUGCAUACACACACACACACACACACACACACACACA